AUGGAGGAUCCUCCCAGCAAUUCCAUCCCCAUCCCCCUGCAGAGUCCGCCGCCCCCGGCUCCAUCUGCGAAGCCGACAUCCUCUACCAAAGCGCCCCCGACAAUCGAGAAAUCCGACGACCUCCUCGACCCGGCGGAAACCGCGCAGUCCGGGCAAUACGUCCUGCUGGUGCGCAAAGCCAAGUGCUACAACGGAAAACGCAGCCUCACGAUCCACUCGAUCGUGAUCCAGAGCGACCGACUCCGCCACUUCCUCGCCCGGUUCCUGAGCGGCUACCCGGGGGUGACCCUGAGCCUGCAUCGGCUGGAAUUCCGCGCCCCGUUCGAGCCCUUCGUGCACCGGUGGGAGGCGUUCUGCGCCGCGCUCCAGAGCGAACCCGACGACGUGACCUACCGCCACGCGGACCUCCUGCACCGCAUCCUCGACGAGGAGCUGCAUGACACCAUCGCCCGCAAGAAGGACAUGGUGCAGAGCAAGGUGAUCACACACGAGCUGCUGUGGGCGCUUCUCGAGCCGGGCGUCGUGGUGGAUAGUCGUACUGUGGACGGACGUCCGCGCGCCUUUGAAGUCGAGGCCGGCGCGUAUUGCGACCACACCCGCGGGUUCGUAGUAGUAGUGGCGGUGCUGGCGUUCUUUGUCGACGGGGUGCGCGAAAUUGUCUGGGACGCGCAGGCGUUCGACUCCCUCGUCCUGCCGCACGAGUACCCGGACCUGAAGAAACUGGUUCUAAGGUUCGCGCGCGCCCAGUCUCGUAGCCGUAGCCGCAGCAGCAGCAGCAACCACCGGACCAAGAUGGCUUCGACGAUGUAA